AUGGAACUUGAAGAACAUCAAAAUUCACAUACUGGCGAGAAACCAUUCGAAUGCAAUAUGUGUAAAGCACGAUUUAAUCGUCGUUCAACGCUUUGGAAUCAUAAACGAAUUCAUUCGGAUGAUAAACCAUUUGAGUGCAAUGUAUGUCGGAUGACAUUUAAAUGGAAAAAUUCAUUGAAAUGUCACAAAGAGAUGCAUCAAAGAAAAAAUGAAAUGACAGGAAUUGAAAGUGAUCCAUUAGAAAAGACACUUACUUAUGCGACAGCAGCUAAACGACGACAUCUGGAAAAUCAUGAUAUUAUAAAUGCAAGUUCAAGUUCAGAAACAGGAAUGGGUAGUAUCCGUUUGACAACAAGUUCAGCAAGUGGUAUUGGUCAUUUGACAGGUUCAGGAAGGCGACGCAAUGCCAAAUUAUCAGUGCAUUCAAGAUCGAUCUUAUCAACUGGCACUGAUCUUAUCAUUGGUACUACAAAUAUCACAAAUAAUCCUAAUCGAAACAAUAAUACAAUCAAUACUACUACUACAACAACAACCAAUAACAACAAUAACAAUAACAACAACAACAAUAACAAUAACAAUUCAAAUCAUUCAUCACUUAUUGGUUCAAAUGAUGCAUUUAUUCAUGCACCAUUACAAGCGGAUGGUUUCUUUAGUAGUCAAAAGACGUUAUCAAUAAGUGAUCAUAAAGAAUUGGAUUCAUUAUUAAAUAGUACCACACGUUUAACAUCAAUGCUUAAAGAUGAUUCAGCAUUUAAAACUAAUUUAUGCGAUGAUUUAGCAAAUUUGGGAAAUCAAAGUAAUACAUUUGAUACAAAACAAGAAAUGAAUCUUUUCCAUGCUAAUCCAUUUAUGAUGUUCGGUGCUCAUCAAUUGCAAAAUCCAAUGCAAUCAUUUACGCCACCAAAUUUGGCUUUUUCAAGUAGUAACGGUGGUUGCGGUGAUUAUUUUCAUUUACAUUUAAACAAUCAAACUGAUCAAAUAACACAACAAAGCUUACAACAACAACAACCAUUCGUAUCGCAAUAUUCUAGCGGUGGUACUUCAUCACAAACCACUGAUAUGUUAACUAAUCAUAGUCAUAAUGUGAUUAGUUAUCAGCCACAGUUAGAAGCACCAUCAUCACUGAUAACACCAGCAUUGGAUUAUACCGUAAGUGGUGAUAACUUGGAAUAUAUGCUAAGCAAUUACUCGUCCACGAUCUCAUCCGCUGCUUCCGUUGCGUCAACGGGAAAUGAGGUACGAUCAAAUGUUGCGGAACAUUUACAACAGCAACAAUAUACGGGACAAACUGGUGCUAAUAAUACAUUACGAACCGAUGAUGUAAUUGUUGCUAGUGUUGUUACCACUAGUAAUACCGGUAAAGAGGUACCACAGGUUUCGUGGUAA